AUGCCCAAUGUUUUUGAUGGGCGUGAAACACAACAAAGUCAAGAGCAGCAACAAGUGGUAAAGAGGGCGUGGCACGGAGGGCGUCAAGGGGGCGGAACGGGCGGCGACAGUUGGUCCGAAGGUGACCAAAAGCCACCAAGCCACGAACAUCGAACACCGGGACACAUGGACACCGGUCGUCGUUGGCCGGUGGUCAGUGGUCACUGGUCGCUGGUCAGUGGUCAGUGGUUCGCUCUGCGGUCCGAGCUCUAUACCAAACUAGUCUGUCCGGGCAGCGCUGCCGGCGUCGACUGCGAACAGCAGAAGCCGCUGCAAAAAUGAAUUUUUUAAGAAAGUUUUGCAC